GUCUCAUCUUAUUGGCUGGCGGAGUCGGUGACUUCCUGAAACAAAACUGUGUUAAAAAUGCGUUCAUUUUUACCUGCAGUUGCCGAGCAGCUCUUCCGAGAUAUUCAAAAAACAUACGAGGAAACGUCUCAAAUUCCUGAUGACCUGCUUAUUGCGCUGAAGUUUGUCUUCGGGCCUUGUGCGCUGCAGGCUUUGGACCUUGUUGACCAGCGUUCAGUCACCUGUCUGUCAUCUCCCAGUGGACGUAAAGCAUUCCAGGUGACAGGAGGCUCGGGCCGUUUGUACACUUGCUUUGUGUCCUGUCACUACUGCCAGUGCCCAGCCUUCGCCUACACCGUGCUCCGCAGAAAUGAGGGCCCGCUGUGUAAACACAUCCUGGCCGUCUACCUGUGUCAGGCCACGGGUGUGACUCAGCAGGAGAAUGUGUCUGAUCAGCAGAUGUCCACACUGCUCAGCGGGAUUGCAGCCCCAUGACAGACAGGUAUGUUCAGCACAGCAGGUGGACCGAGGACCCUCUUGGAUGAGAGCCGAUGUUUUGCCGGGCACUUUAAGAUGCUGCUAAGAGGAUCGGAGCCCGGGAACGCUACCCCGGUUUCUGCUCUGUCAUACGUCUCUCUGAAAGACCCCAGAUGUUGCUUUAUUUAUUUCUGUUUGGAAGAGCUCUUAAUCUGUUUCCAGGGAAACGACAUCUGUUCUUUGAGUAUGCGCUGCUUUAUUUUUAGGUUCUUUAAGCUGCAUCGAUCAGAAAAUAGUGAGCGUCUGCCUGCUGAAGAGAAACAUUUUUAAAAACAUGAGCAAUUUUUCCGUGUCAUAUGUAAAUUAAUUGAAAUUUUUGGAAUAAAGACUGAUGUGUAACAAUA